CAGUGCUCAUCAUAACUGAUUGGAGCUAAACACCAGAGGAAGACUGACUUCAUGAAAAGCCUUUACUGAGGAGAACCCACCCCCACAGGUCAACAAGGUCAACAUGCGAAAUAUGGAAUUUCACACUAUAGUGUUUAUUUCACUCUGCAUUUUACACCUGUCCACUCUCGGUGAAGGACGCCCCCUCAGAAAGAGGACGGUGAGCGAGGUCCAGCUCAUGCACAACCUCGGGGAGCACCAGCAGCUGCAGGAGCGGCGGGACUGGCUCCAGCUGCGGCUGCGGGGCCUCCACACGGCCGCAGCCCGGGGCAGCAGCCCGGAGGCGGCGCUGGCGAGGCGGAGGAGGCCGCGAACCGAGGAGCCGCCGGUGCCGGAGCUCACACCGCAGGAGAUCCAGAAGGCGUUGACCUUCCUGGAGAAACUGCUCAAGUCUCCGCAGACGUGACUUUAAAUUAUUUAAAUUUUUAUUUUUUACAACAUUCUUAUUAUUACAGAG